AUGCGCUUGCCUGAGGGCUUGGUUAUAUCAGUUCAGCGGAAUGGGAGGAGUCCAGACGAUACGGUCUACACUGGCUACAUGAGUGAGGCAUCAUACAUACAGUCGUGCUAUGAAAAUGCAAUACCGAUGCUAGAUACCAAUGUGGGGUACAUCAUGAAUAAGUAUGCUCAACCUCUCCCUAUAGUAUUGAGUUCCUGGCACGAAUGGACCAAGGGGGCGGAUUCUGGUGCGUUUGCGUACAGUGUGGUGCCGGUAGUAUACUCUAUUUCAGUCCUGGCGGUAGUUACGUGGUUUUUGACCAUCUUUGUGCUUACAAAUUAUACCAUAAAGGCGUCGUUCUUGCUCCGAGCGUCUACUUCGUUGCUGUCCGUUUAUCUCUUGGUCACGGUGAUACUAACAGUGGUGGAGUUAAACAAUCAGCAGAAGCGAGGGUAUGUCCAUGGCGCAGAACUAUUGGACUAUAUAAACAACAACUUGGCUUUAAGUAUCCUCGACUUGAUUGUGGUUAUGUUGCUACAAAUCAAUCAAGCCCAAGUCAUCAUGAGAAUCUUUUCUAGACAACUGGAUAAAAGACUAAUCUUGUUAGCAGGGAUUAGUUCUACACUUGCGUCCCAAGUGAUAUGGGCCUUGACCAAAUUUUACCCCUUCGGUAGUGACGAAGCUGGUGACAUCUUACCGGCAUUCACAUACUUGGUCAGAAUUGCAAUGGGUGUGUGUUACUCAGCCCUUAUCACUGUUUACAUUUUCACAAAGGCUAAUUUAAUAAUAGCAAAUAAAAGUAUAUGGAUGCUUACAUUCUUGACUUCAGUUUUGAUUUACAGUCCGGUUGCAUUUUUCAUUGCAGAUGUUUCCAAUAAUUGGAUCAGUGAGUUAAGUGAAGUUUUCUCGUGUGUGACGUAUGUUAUCUGCGUGGUAAUUCCUUGGGAAUGGUGUAAUAAAAUGAAUUUGAUACUUAAAUUGAAAGAAAAGGAAGGUUUAUUGGGCAGAAGGUUCCAUGAAGAUGAGAUGUAUGAAUUGGAUAGGUAUGAGUUGUUCAUGGAAGAUGAGGUGGAUUCUGAAGAAGAAAGCGGUGAAGAAGAAGAAACUCUGGACGACGAAGAUGGCGAUGGUGAUAAUGUGACUGCGGACAUUUUAAAUGAAACAGGAGACGAUGAUAUUGACAAUCAACAGAACAGUGAGCCGUUACAGCGUAGAAGAAGGAGAGAUAAAAUCAAUACCGCACAAACCAAACAAGAACCUGUCCUCCAAGCACCAAGAGAACAUAAGCUAAUUUCAUUAUUGGGCAAAACGAGACUGACUAUAUUAAACAUUACGGAUGCCAUUAUUGCAACCGGUUUGGCUAUACCGAGAUCGGUCAGCGUGUCAACACCUCAAAUCAAUGUCGCAGAAGGCGACUCUUUGCAAUUGGAAAACUUCGGUGGCACAUCGUCGAGUAUGAGAAAUACGAACUCCCAAACAAAUUCAAACGCUGCAGGUCACGGAAGAAAUAGAAGAGAUGUGUUUGUCUAUGCGAGAAAGGAAGUUGUGAUAAACUUAUCGGAUACGGAUGAAUAA